AUGACUGAUACAGAUAUAAAUACAUCUGAUGUUAAUAUAACCCAAGAUGAUGCUAUUCAUCGUCAUCCAGAAAUUGAACAUUUUCUAAAUUUAAAUACAAUUCUUCAUUCAUUAGUCGAUUUUAUUCGACCUGAAACAUAUAUUGCUCAAGAUGAAUUGCAAACAUAUAAUGAACUUAAAGAUAAAUUUCUUCGUGAAUCAACAUUAAAAAGAAAUAAACAACAACAAAAAAUCAAAGGACAAACUUCUACAUCAUCAUUAGAAGUAGCUGGUAUUGAAUCAAUUCGUACAACAUCAGGAAUCUAUCGAUUUCUUGCUCAUCAUCAUAAAAAUAAUCCAUCAACUAAUAAUAAUAAACAAAAAUCAGAUACUUCAAUUAGUCGUGAAGAAUUAUUAAAAAAACUUCAUGAAAAAAUGCCUCAUCGUCAACAACAAACAGAAAAUGGAAUUGAUCAUACUGUUAAACGUAAACAUACAAAAGAUAAAUCUAAAGAGCGUGAAAAAAAAGCUCGAAUAUCUACAAAAGAAUGGACAAAAACAACUUCUUCUUCUUCAAACGACACUCAUAAUUCAAAAUCAUCAACAAUUCCAAAUCAAAUAACAUUUGGUCGAUUUGAAUUUAAUACUGAAGAUUCAAUUGAUACAAAAUCAAAAAAGAAAAAAUCUAAAAAAUUUCAAAGCAAACAAAAACAAUUAAUAAAUACAUUAAAACAAGUUGAAUCUGAACAAAAUGAAUUAAAUCGUUUACAAGAAGAAAAUCCUGAACAAGGAAAAGAACUUUUACGUUCUAAACAUUGGAAAACAGCAUUAGCAAAAGCUAAAGGUGAAAAAAUUCGUGAUAAUAUUCAAUUAUUACGUAAAACAAUUAAAAAACAAAAUAAACGUCGUGAACAAUCAGCUAAAAAAUGGCAACAAAAUAAAUCUGAAACAGAAAAACGUGUUAAAGAAAGACAAGAAAAGCGUAAAGAUAAUUUACAAAAACGAAAAGAUGAUAAAAAAGCUAAAUUAAAAAAGAAAUUAAUAAAAAAAGGCCGUUUAGUUAAUUAA